CUUCCAGUUUCCAGUCGAGCACCGCGCAUACAUGUACAGACACGAACGUGCACCUACAUACUGACACAUACGAUGUAGCCAAACAUACACACAUGUACAGAUACAGUACGUCAUACAACACACAAUCACGAGUCGUACUCGUAAACACCAUGGACUCGUUCUGAGUGGUUUUUUCUGUUCCAAUGCCAUUGCCUUUUAUAUUAUUAGUGAGUCCGUAUAUAACUGCGUGGAAUCGAGAGCCCCGAAAAAACAUCGCGGAGUAUAUUGUACACAGAGACGGAACGGAGGCAUCGUGAUUCGUGCUUGGCUGCAAACACAGCACAAACGUCCAUCGAUUCUGCAAAGUGCGCGCGUGUUCGUAGCCGUAUAUAGUUACCAAAAAUUAUGAAAAUCGAUUUCCACGAAGGCAGCUGCUACUACUCGUCGUUUUGUAAAGGACGCAGUGAUAUUAUUUCGCAGGCAUCCUACGAUAUAACAGCAUUAUCGAGAGCGGCAGCAUUUCGAAAACGAAACAACACACGACUGUGAUGCAUUUCAUAAGUAAAUGGCACAUAUAGAUAUAUAGCGCUUGUACACGUACAGAUAAUCUCGUCGUCGUCGACACUGUGACCGUGUAUUGGAAAAUUGUACAUAAAAUGUAUAGAUUAUUUAUGUACGAGUGUAUCUUUGUGGCUACUAAAUAUACAGUGCUCGUGUAAACAGUUCGUAAUCUGGAUGUUCUUUGCCUCUCGAAGGAAAAAUAUCGUGAUCGUGACGCAGCAAUCACAUUGGCUUACUACUACCGAGCACUUUAUUACCAACACGCAUAUCUUUUAACAACGUUAUAUUUUAUAUGUGAAUAUUAUAUGUAUAUUAUUAUGACAUAUAGAUAUAUGUAUGUACUACACGCACGUACACACUGACGCGCAUUGACGUGUUAUUUUAUGCAGCAGCAGUAUAUACAUUUUUUAUGUAUAUCAUAUAUGUACACACAUACAUCGACACUUGGAGAGGUACUGUGUCUCAUUCACGAUCAUAUUAAACUGAAUAUACGUGUAACGACGGAGGAGUGAGGACACGCGACGACGACAAGUACCGAGCACACGGCACACGACCAUCGAAUCAGCAACGAAUUUGCAAAGCUAUUAUUUAUUCUCAUUUCAUUUUUCAAUAAUAAUUAUACGUUUCGAAACUGCUCGGCUUAAUAGCACACGUGCGAGCUGUGACAGCUUGCCCAAAACAAACUUAGUAUGGCCAAUGUUGAUGGUGGAAGAGAACAAGUGACAAUACCUAUAUCUGUGAAUAAUGGAACCGCAGUGGUUGAAAGUGGUAAUCAACAAAAUGCACCAACAGAACCAGUAAAUCAAACUGCAAACGAGCAAACACCUGAACCCAAUCCAGCUCCACGUUUAAGCUUGACCUUAGGAUUCAAUUUCAAUCCAAUGCAAGAUUCUAGGCGAAUCAUUGCAAACAACCUAUCAACGAUAGGUGGAGAAAUAAGUCCACUUAUCAACUUAUCCAGAUCUAGACCAGCAUUAUCGUUGCAGGAAUGGCUUAAUCCAACUCAUCAGAGGCUAGCUCCAAUACAAGCCCCACCACCAAAUAAUAAUGAGCAAACUAAUCAUGUGGUCAUAAACAUUGAUCCUCCAGUGGAUGAACAUGAAUCUUCACAAAAUUCAAAUAGUCCUUCUCAAACAUUUUCAGAUAAUUUUGACCCUAACACUCCUAGAGAAAAUGAUGAAAAUAAUCAAAAUAAUAUAAAUAACAAUAACAAUAAUGAAUCCAAUGAUCCAAAUGCACCGGUAACCUUGACAGCCGAAACUAGAAUACUUCAAAAGAAUAUUGAAAGUUGCAUCUCAUUUUUACUCAUUAUUCUAACCAAAUUUAUAUAUGAUAAUGGCGCAGAACUUUUGAACUUUGUAUUACUAGUUGUUACUUUUAUACAAGCAAAUAAUGAUUUGAAAAGAGAAAUUUUGAAACAAAAGAAUCGAAGUCUGUUAUCACUAGUUGGAAUUCUAUGUUAUAUUACUGGAUGCUUUAUUUUCAUUGAUUUUGUGUUCAAAGAACCAAUAUUUUAUUUAUAUAAAUCACCAGAAACCAUCGCACAGCUAUUAUGGACUGUGGCUAUAUCAGAUUUUGUAUUAAAACUGAUUACAGUGGCAAUUAAAGUUCUGUUUACCUGUCUACCAGAAAAAAUUGUGCCUUUCCAGAAGAGAGGAAGGUUUUACUUGGUGAUGGAAGCUACAUCUCAAUUAUAUCGUAAUGGUUCACCUGUAUAUUUAUGGUUACAGUAUUUAAGUUUUGUUUAUGAUGGUCCUCACAAAGUGUUAGCAAUUGUUUUGUUUGUUAUGUAUGGCAUUUACAAAACAAGGGACACUAUGUACUAUUUCAAACAUUUCUGCAUAGCAGUGGGAAAAAUGUUACAAAAUGUGAGUUUGGGAACAUGUCCAUCGAAAGAGCAAAUAGUGGCUUCUGGAGGAAGUUGUGCAAUCUGCCAUGAAGAGUACACAUUACCUGUUAGACUAAGUUGCAAGCACAUUUUCUGUGAAGGAUGCGUUACUACUUGGUUGGAUAGAGAAAAAUCAUGCCCGCUGUGCAGAGCAUCUAUAACGGAUGAUCCAAUUUAUCGAGAUGGUCAUACAACGCAUUUUGUUCAAUUAUACUGAAGAUUUAUAUAUUAAAUGAAAAGCAUUUUCGGUAUAAGAUAUGAAUAAUUAAACGAAGAUAUAUUGAUAAUUUUUUACCAAAAUAUAAACACCAGGUGGUCUGACCUAAAGAAAUGAUAAAUUGGUGUGAAGGAAGCUUUAAAUGUAACUGAAAAUAAUUUUCAUUGAAAAUCAAUCAAGGUAUUUCUAACAGUUAUUAACAUAAUUGCUUAGUUAACUAAACUUAAGUGUUCACAAAUUAAUGUGCUUUGUAACUAAGUUUUUUUUAAGAUUCGUAGCUUUAAAUUUCUUCCAUUAAACCUGUUACUAUGAGUGCUAAUAACUAAAUUAGAAUAAUACUAGCAAAUAAUAGUUUCAUAUUUUGUAAAAAGAUAUAAUUUUUUAUUCGUGAUUCAAUUUAAUGCUUUUAUGAGGGAGAAUUUAUUUAUGAAGCUAUAAAGCAUUUAGAUUUAUCGAAUAAAUUUUUAUAAAUGUAUAAAGUCUUAGCUUUCGUGAACUGUACAGAGAUGAGUGAGUGGUGCAGCCGCUUUUGAUUUGAUAAAUGAUCUCGGCGUUACUGGUUGUUGUUAAAAGUCAUCAGUAAAUCAUUAUUUCAUUCAAUGUAAGGUACUUACUUGACAAGAGGUCUGUAAGUCAUAUAACUAAGCUGUAUCCGAUUUUUUAAACUUUUUAUGAAGCAGUCCUGUAUAUUUGUACAUAGUUACUUGACAGAAUUUGUAGAAUCAAUAAUUUUUUUUUUUCAAAAAUUAUUUUGUUGAAAUCAAGUUUAUUUUAUUAUAAAUAAAGUUACAUUCGCAUUUUGUAAACUUUUUACAAAAGUAGUUGGUUAAAAUUAAAAUCUACAUAUUAAGCUUUCUUUCGGUUAGAAAAUUGAUUUAAAGUCAAUUAAAACAUCUUCACUAUGUAUUGAGGUAUGAUUUACUAAAACCUUACCUGAAUAGCAAUAUAAUUUAAACCUAAUUCAAUAAAUUUAAAAAUCUAUUGUAUGAAUUUAUGACAAUAAACUAUAAGAACAUAUGAUUUCAAUUACCAUAAA